AGCAGAUCAUGGAGGAGGCCGUCACCCGCAAGUUCGUGCACCAGGACAGCAGCCACAUCUCCUCCUUCUGUGCCGCGGUGGAGGCCUGCGUCCUGCAUGGGCUGCGGCGGCGGGCGGCCGGCUUCCUGCGCAGUAACAAGAUCGCGGCCCUCUUCAUGAAGGUGGGCAAGAGCUUCCCACCCGCCGAGGAGCUGAGCCACAAGGUCCAGGACCUGGAGCAGCUGAUCGAGAGCACGCGAACCCAGAUGCAGGGCCUGCAGGAGAAUGUGCGGAAGCUGCCAAAGCUGCCCAACCUGUCCCCGCUGGCCAUCAAGCACCUGUGGAUCCGCACCGCCUUGUUCGAGAAGGUUCUGGACAAAAUUGUUCAUUACCUGGUGGAAAACAGCAGCAAGUACUACGAGAAGGAGGCUCUGCUGAUGGACCCGGUGGACGGCCCCAUCCUGGCGUCCCUGCUGGUGGGGCCCUGCGCCCUGGAGUACACCAGGAUGAAGACCGCCGACCACUUCUGGACGGACCCCUCGGCCGACGAGCUGGUCCAGAGGCAUCGCAUCCACAGCUCGUACCUGCGCCAGGACUCGCCCACCAAGCGGCCGGCCCUCUGCAUACAGAAGAGACACUCGAGCGGCAGCAUGGACGACCGGCCGUCCCUCUCUGCCCGGGACUACGUGGAGUCCUUGCACCAGAACUCCCGCGCCACCCUGCUGUAUGGCAAGAAUAACGUCCUGGUCCAGCCGAGGGAUGACAUGGAGGCCGUGCCUGGCUACCUGUCCCUGCACCAGACCGCGGACAUCAUGACCCUGAAGUGGACGCCCAACCAGCUGAUGAACGGGUCUGUGGGGGACCUGGACUACGAGAGGAGCGUCUACUGGGACUACGCCAUGACCAUCCGCUUGGAGGAGAUUGUCUACCUGCACUGUCACCAGCAAGUGGACAGCGGCGGCACGGUGGUGCUGGUGAGCCAGGACGGGAUCCAGAGGUCGCCCUUCCGCUUCCCCAAGGGCGGCCACCUGCUGCAGUUCCUCUCCUGCCUGGAGAACGGGCUGCUCCCCCACGGCCAGCUGGACCCACCGCUCUGGUCCCAGCGCGGGAAGGGCAAAGUGUUCCCCAAACUCCGCAAGCGGAGCCCCCCGGGCUCGUCCGAGUCCACGUCGUCAGACAAGGAGGAUGACGAGGCCACGGAUUACGUGUUCCGCAUCCUCUACCCCGGCACGCAGUCCGAAUUCGCCCCCCAGGACCUCAUAGACGUCUCCGAGAACAGCCUCCCGGCGCUGUGGCAGCCCAGCCCCCGGAAGUCCUCCUGCUCAUCCUGCUCGCACAAUGGCUCAGCCAACGGCAGCUCCAGCAAUGGCUGCAACCACGAGAGGGCACCCCUGAAGCUGCUCUGCGACAACAUGAAGUACCAGAUCCUUUCCAGAGCCUUCUACGGAUGGCUGGCCUACUGCAGGCACCUGUCCACCGUGCGGACCCACCUGUCGGCCCUGGUCAAUCACGUGAUCGUGUCCCCUGACCUGCCCUGCGAUGCCGGGCAGGGGCUGACAGCCGGGAUCUGGGAGCAGUACCUUCGGGACAGCACCAGCUACGAGGAGCAGGAGCUGCUGCGGCUCGUCUACUACGGGGGCGUCCAACACGAGAUCCGCAAGGCCGUGUGGCCCUUCCUCCUGGGCCACUACCACUUCGGGAUGACGGAGGCAGAGAGGAAGGAGGUGGACGAGCAGAUCCACGCCUGCUACGCGCAGACCAUGUCUGAAUGGCUGGGCUGCGAGGCCAUCGUGAGACAGCGGGAGCGGGAAUCCCACGCCGCCGCCCUGGCCAAGUGCUCGUCAGGGGCCAGCCUGGACAGCCACCUGCACCGCAUGGUGCACAGGGACUCCACCAUCAGCAACGAGUCCUCGCAGAGCUGCAGCUCAGGCCGCCAGAACCUCCGCCUGCAGAGCGACUCCAGCAGCAGCACACAGGUAUUUGAGUCGGUGGAUGAGGUGGAGCAGGUGGAAGCAGAGGGCAGGUUGGAGGAGAAACAGCCCAAGAUCCCCAACGGGAACCUGGCGAACGGCACGUGCUCGCCCGACUCCGGCCAUCCCUCCUCUCACAACUUCUCCUCCGGCCUCUCGGAGCACUCGGAGCCCAGUCUGAGCACGGAGGACAGCGUGUUGGACGCCCAGCGGAGCGGGGCCCCGACGUUCCGGCCCGGGGACAGCAGCGUGGACGAGGGGCAGAGCAGCGAGGCCACCACGUCCCGGGACGAGGCCCCUCGGGAGGAGCUGGUCGUGCAGGACAGCCUGGAGAGCGACCUGCUGGCCAACGAGAGCAUGGACGAGUUCAUGUCCAUCUCGGGCAGCCUGGACGUGGCCCUGCCCGAGAAGGACGGCCCCGCCGUGGAGGGCUGGCGGGCCGGCGAGGCGGAGAAGCAGAGCCGAGGGGACAGCGAGGACAAUCUCUCAGAGGAGCCUGAGAUGGAAAGUCUCUUCCCCGCCCUGGCCUCCCUGGCCGUGGCCACUCCUGCCACCAACGAGGCGUCCCCUGUGUCCUCCAGUGGCGUAACCUACUCGCCAGAGCUGCUGGACCUGUACACCGUCAACCUGCACCGUAUCGAGAAGGAUGUGCAGCGCUGUGACCGCAACUACUGGUACUUCACGCCCGCCAACCUGGAGAAGCUGCGCAACAUCAUGUGCAGCUACAUCUGGCAGCACAUUGAGAUCGGCUAUGUGCAGGGCAUGUGUGACCUUCUGGCCCCACUGCUGGUCAUCCUGGAUGACGAGGCCCUGGCCUUCAGCUGCUUCACGGAGCUCAUGAAGAGGAUGACUCAGAACUUCCCGCACGGGGGCGCCAUGGACACACACUUUGCCAACAUGAGGUCGCUGAUCCAGAUCCUGGACUCAGAGCUGUUCGAGCUGAUGCACCAGAAUGGGGACUACACGCACUUCUACUUCUGCUACCGCUGGUUCCUGCUGGAUUUCAAGCGAGAACUCGUGUACGACGACGUGUUCUCAGUGUGGGAGACCAUCUGGGCAGCCAAGCACGUGUCGUCAGCGCACUACGUGCUGUUCAUCGCGCUGGCCCUGGUGGAGGUCUACCGGGACAUCAUCUUGGAGAACAACAUGGACUUCACCGACAUCAUCAAGUUCUUUAACGAAAUGGCUGAGCGACACAACACCAAGCAAGUCCUGAAGCUGGCCCGGGACCUGGUGUACAAGGUGCAGACCCUCAUUGAAAACAAGUGAGGCCUUCUCUUCCCGUCCUCCACCUCCUCCCCCGCCGGAAUGAAGCGAGGCUGGCUUGGGGUCCCAGCGUCCAGGCGUAGCAUGGACG